AACCAGAUGAGCCAUUUGAGUUCAUUAUUGUGUCCCUGACGGGCCAGACGUGGCUUUUUGAGGCCUCAACAUCAGAGGAGCGAGAGCUUUGGGUCCAGGCCAUCGAGAGCCAGAUCCUGGCCAGCCUGCAGGGCUGUGAGAGCAGCAAAAAUAAGGCUCGGCUGGGCAGCCAGAGUGACGCACAGGCCAUGCAGGCCGUCCGCACUGCACGUGGGAACAGCUUCUGCGUGGACUGCGAUGCACCGAAUCCAGACUGGGCAAGUCUGAACCUGGGCUCCCUCAUGUGCAUUGAGUGCUCCGGGAUCCAUCGCAACCUGGGCACCCACCUGUCCCGCGUCCGCUCCUUGGACCUGGAUGACUGGCCUAGCGAGCUUCUCAUGGUCAUGACGGCCAUCGGCAAUGCCCUGGCCAACGCUGUCUGGGAAGGAGCGGUGGAAGGCUACCCCAAGCCCACCCCUGAGAGCAGUCGGGAGGAGAAGGAGCGCUGGAUCCGGGCCAAGUAUGAGCAGAAGCUCUUCCUGGCUCCGCUGCCCCAAUCAGACAUCCCGCUGGGGCAGCAGCUGCUGCGGGCUGUGGUAGAGGAUGACCUGCGCCUCGUGGUGACGCUCCUGGCCCAUGGCACCAAGGAGGAAGUGAAUGAGACCUACGGGGAUGGAGACGGGCGCACAGCGCUGCAUCUGUCCUGCGCCAUGGCCAACGUAGUCUUCACGCAGCUGCUCAUCUGG